AUGUUGACCGACGUUGAACUCAGAGAGGAUACUACUCCCCCACUACAUUUGAGAGAGGAAGCUUUGGAAGAGCAAAAACGACCAGAUACAGCCGAGCAACAGGAGCUAUCUUUUGACAAAGCAAACACUACACGAUCUGGAUGCAUUGCCGCCGUUUCGAUGGGCGCUACCCUCUCGCUUCUUUGCUUCAUUUCUGGAAUCUACCUUCUUAUAACCGAUCAGACAACGCUCGGCGCUUUGACAUCCUUCUCUCUUGGAGGACAAGAAACUCUGGCUUUGGCGAUCAACGCUAUACUGGCACUAUGCACCGAUGGUAUGAUGUUUGCGCAUUCUGUCUCCUUACGUUGGGUAUUGUAUCGAGAACAGCGCCUGGAGUUCAACACCAGUAUCCGGCUCUUCACCAGCUCUCUCAAAUUUGGGCCGAAUAGGUGGUAUAUCAACUUGUUGGCUUUGGCUUGUUUGGUGUUAUCAUAUGCCUCUUCGUCCAUUCUGCUGUUGUCUAAUCAAGUCGUUCCGCAACCUGAGGCCCAAGACAAAUCCUCGGUCCUCAUCAACGCCACAGCUUUGGUAGCAUUGGGUUUUGGUCUCGCUGGCCAAGCCAUCAUCGCCGGAUGGUGCCUGAUUUCUAGUCGCAAUCUCGUACCGACAUGGAGCUCCAAUCCUCUCAACACCGCAUCGGUCCUGGUGCAGAAAGGUGACCUUACUCACCACCCGGGAAGAUGUAUGAUAUCAGUCCACCAAAAAGACAUGCCAAACCAAGGGAUUUAUGCUACGAAGCAACAGGGAAGCAUGCUUCAAGUACAGAGUGAGGUGCGAUACAUUCUUGCUUUGUUAUGGUCGCUCGCUAUUUUGGCCGUUGCAUGGCCCAUCACCAUCGCUGCUCUGUCCAAGUCCAUUGGAAACGCCAGUGCCGUUGGUCAAAAUUACGAGCCUUCUUGUUGGAGACUUGGCUUCGAUUGGCACCAGAGCUCAUUGCCGUGCUCUCGAAACUUUGUGACACUUUAUUUGUCCCCAUAUGCAAAUGACCACAAUCCAAGCUCAGCAACGUUCUCAUAUGGCGCUGAAGCGGUACUCUGCGUUCUUUUUGUCUGUCUGAUCCAGGUUCUUCAGACAGUUGCAUUGCACUGCCUAGAGCUGCUCGUCAACUUGGCCAGAGACGAAGCUACUUGGCGACAGGCUUGUUGUGAGAGAAAAAAGGCUCCAGGGACCCAGUUAGCCACGAAUGCGUUCCUUGCAGCCGCGUCGAGCUGGGAGAACAGUGUUUUGUUUGUAGCCAAAUCACUGCUGCACUGGAUAAUUGGGCAGAGCCUGAUACCUUCUAUUUCCAUUGAAGACGCUAAAAAACACGAAUCAUACUUCUCUGUCGCUGUCGAAGACCUGCAGCUCAAACACGGGUUCCAGUUUGAUAUGGUGUACUCGCGACUGAUUAUAUAUGCUGUACUAGCUAUCCUUUUGGCCACUUUUUCAACCUAUCUUGCUCUCAAGAGAUCCAAAGGGUGCCAACCUGCUGCGCUGGGCCAUUUACAGACUCUUGCCGACCUCGUCGACGAUUGGAAGACGGACCAAGAUGGUCGAAUGUGGUGGGGAGACAAGACCAUGGAUGAGGCCUGUCAGCUUCGGCAUGCUGGAACAUGCCCAGAUAAGACUAUGCUUCGCCCCAUAUGUGCUGCUAGGUAUGCCGGUGGUAUUCCGGUGCCUAACUAA